AUGGCGUCCACUGACCUUCUACCGAUCAUGCUAGACCAUCUCUACUCCAUGGAUGACAAUCUUAAAGCAGAAGGGCCGCUCCUGUUGCUUGAAGAUGCCCGUAAAAAUCCCGUUGUUGGUGAUGAGCCAUCCCCUGAGACUGCUCCUGUAAUUAAUCCUGCCUCCAUAUCCAGAUGCUGCAUUGAAAAGGGCCUCUUUCCAGCCGUUCCCCUAUUCUUCCAGUAUCUUUGCAGUAUCAGUAAAGGUUGGUCAGAAUGGGUCGAUCGUGAACUGCGGGAUCCAUCCACAUGCAACAUCCUGCGCAGAGCACAAGUCCUUGAUGCCAUCUUCCUUUCCAAAUUGUGGGACAUCCAUAUCGAAGCGAAGAUGCUUCGUCACGUGGUCCGGAGGUGGAGCACUGCUACUCACACCUUUGUGUGCUCAUGGGGGGAAUUUACCCCUAUGCUUGAAGAUGUGGCGAAUAUCUCUCGCCUUCCUGUCUGUGGCGACCGUAGUCCUUUCGGCAUCGCCCUCACUCCAGAAGAAAUAGAUAACCUUGCAAUCUUGCGAAGAGGCGCUCCCACCUCUCCCAGCACUUCACUCUGGUUUAGCAACUGGAUACAAUAUUUUGGGGAUGCAAACAGACAGAGUCUCUGCUGUUUGGCUGCCUUUAUAGCUCUGUGGCUUGGGCGAUUCGUGCUUUGUGACUUUUCUCAGGAUUGCCUUCAUGAGCGUGUAUUUCCUUUGGCUUUGGCCAUAGCCCGAGGCGAUACGAUCCCCUUAGCCCCCAUGUUCCUGGGACAUCUAUACCAUCUUCUUAAUCGAACCCAGCUUCUGGAAAAGAGUGCAUCAGGAACCAUGGGUGUGGAGACCCUCCUAAAUUCUGGUUUCUUGCAGGUGUUCUUGUGGGAGCGUCUCAAAGGGUUGGAUGUGCAUUCACUCCCUCAUUCUGAUACGGUUGAGAUUCCAGCAGCCGUAUCGCAGAGUGACCAGUUCCGGAAGUAUGCUUUGUUGAAUGUUGCUCCCAUCCCCUUGCCUACUCUUGGAGACCACUGUGCAGAGGUUUCCGUGACCUACUCUCCACACCGAGUCAGGAGGAUCUUCUGGAGCAAUGACCACAUACCAGCUAGUUGCAGGCCCCUCGUUCUAGCAAGCAAGGCGAGGGUUGGUGGCUUCUCUAGAGGCUACCAAGCCUACUGGAACCGCUGUCUCUCUUCCUUCCGUGAGUUCCAAUCCUUUCCCGGGGACAGACUGCCUCAUACAACGGCUCGUCUUGCAGGCUUGGUUUCGGAGGAGAAAGCCAUCCUUCUUAGCCAAAAACGCAACUUGCCCUUCAUUUCCAAGAGUGGUGACAUCGUUGGAGAAUUUCCUAAGACGAAGCCGAAGCCGGGGGUACAGAGUCCUGGCGGCUCCGGAAAAAGUGCAACGCCAGCGUCAGGCAAAAGGAAGCGAGAGGAGGAGCAAAAUGUGAGUGAGAAGCAGACUGCCGGUAAACCCAAAAGGUUCAUUCCGAAGGUAGCCCCGAGUGGCCCUCCUCGAACCAAAGAAGCAACUCCCCCGGAACAGCCACAGUCUUCGAAGCCUGCUGUAUCCGGGAGCCGGGGUCGCGCUGGCAAGGUGCUGGAAACUACCCCUCUCCGCCGGAAAAUGGGUACAACCCCAAAGAGAAAGAGAAGUGACACACCCCCAGUAUCUCCUCAGGUGACCCCUAAACGUCGAAGUGUGCGCAUUCUACAUGCAAGAUUUUCUGGAACUCGCACCAGUAAUGUUGAAGCUGCCGGAACCCCAACUGUAGUGACAGUUGACGAUGAUAGUGAUGAUAGUGACACCACCGAAUCCGAGGCUAAUGUUCCAGAGCAAAAGAACGUUGACGAUGCUAGUGAAGAUUCUGACAGGGACUUUAAUGAGGGUUGCAGUGAGGAUGCAUUUGCUUAUUCCAGCGACUAUCCAGGAGGACAAGGUGGUUCAUAUGUUUUCUUCGAGUCCGCUGGUAGCAGUACAUGCCGUUUUAGCGCUGAGCAGGUUAUUGACAUUGCUGAGGACCCAAACCCUGCUGCAGCCAUUGCUGAUCCUGCCCGGACCCCUUUUGAGGCUGAGCAUGUCACUUCAAAUUUGGAAAUUAUGCCCGUAGUACCUUCUCCCUUCAACACAUUCGAUACACUGGUCGAGGCAGCCCUUGCAGGAUCCUUUCCAACCAUGACACCAACGGAUUCUCGGGAUGAAACACCUACGCUCCAAGUUACGAACCCUUUACCACCUAUCUUCCGGCAUUUUCUCCAGAGGGACCUUGAUCCUGCCAUUUCGCCAGCCUUUCCAGCAGCCUUUCGGAGCAACACCUUUGUCGUCCAUACAACCCUGCCCGUUCCAUCUCACGUUCAACCACUUCUCCGGGCGACAGGGCCUAGUCCCCUAGCACUUCUUCCAGCGGUUCAAUGUGACAAUGCGAGCGCUGCUGAAAACGCCCAGGCUAUCAUUACCGUCGUCGGGAAUGCUGCUGCAGAACACCCUCGCGGCAUGUCCUUUGAUCCGCAGAUGAACUCCUACCGCUCUACCAUCGGUUUAAUGGUUACGCACUCUUUCAUGGACAUGACUGGUAUUACCUCUUCCUUCUCACGCUGUGCUGCUUUCCGGACCCUCGGCUUGGUGCUCCAUGGGAUGGAUACCGCGCAGCUGCUGGACAUUACUAAUCACAGGCUCCUUUGCUGGCGGGAUGCAGUUUGCGAGGCUAUGACUCUGGGCUUUCGAGCAGAGUCUCUUCUGAACCUGGUGAAGGGUUUGGCACGUGCUGCAUUUGGGGCACGGGCUGUUCAUAACAUGAAGUCAAAUCCCUGCCCUGAUGAAAUAAGGGCAGCAGCAGAGGCUUUGGUCUUCAAGCAGCAUGAACUGGAAAACCAGCGCAGGGAAUUGCGUGGCCUCCUUUCUGCCCAAGGUGUCUCUUCCGACAGUGCUGACUGCGUGAUGGAGGCAGUGACAAGAUCUUCUCACGGGGCCUCCUCGGUUCCCUUCUAG